AUGUCAAAAGAGGCUGAUAUUAGCGGCAUCGACAAAUACCUGUUGAUGAGGAAGUUAUGGUAUGGUGUGAGAUGGACGGGAAAGAGCGAGGAGGCACCUUUCUAUGACGAAGAGAGAGCCAAAGAAAUAUUUGAUACACAUAAUGGAAAUUUGGGAACGUUCCAGGUCGAAGUCUGUGGGAAGUUCCUUCUCGUCGAUUUGAGCGGGGACAUUGUGAAUCACGAGAUUUAUGAUCUUCGAUAUGGAACAGGCGCCUUCAACAAGGUUCUUGAAAAAAUUCGUACACCACAGCAGCAACACUCUCAACCUCCAGCGACAGCACAAUCCACCUCAGGUUCUGUGGCCAAUGCUCAAGCAGGCGAGGAGAGCUCCGAUAGUUCCGUGGAUAAGAGCGCCUGGGCCAAGCGGGCCAAAAUGGGCAUCUGUGCUCAGUGCAAUGACCUCAAGCAAGAACCUUCUUCUUCUGGCAAGGACGAAGCUAUCUGA